CCCUUUCUAGAAGAAUAGACCAGCAGAGGGAAACAGAUGCAUAAACAUUUCGGGGCAUCUUUCUCCUAGGCAGCAACAGACUCCUCCUAUUCCCCACGUCCAAUUAGUUAUUAUGGUCCGGCCCUUUAAGACGCAGCAGCGGGUCAGCAAGUAGUGUAGUGUUUCUCUAAUUGAACUUCGCCCAAUCAACAAUAACUCGUUAGCAGCCGCUUUCUUUUUCUUACUGCUUGAGACAGCUUUUUCCCCUUGCAGGGCUUCACCCCCCUCCAGUCUGUUACUGCAUAAAGAUCUACAUGGAGCUUGAGAGAGGAACUGCGACUCUCUGAGGGGAAUACAGCCCGGCUGUCUCUACAACUACCCUCGAAGCAUGGUUAUUUUGGAGGAAGACUCUCCGGCGAGCUAAGUUGUUGCAUUGUGCUUUGAGUGUCAAAAUAUAGAAAGGGGUCCCAGCACCAGAGGAAACACUUGUGGACGGUUAAAACUGCCUUUUGAAUGAAAUAAUUAACUUUUCUGGAAGCAGCGUUUCUUCGGGACUGCAAUGACCUCCAGUAAAGACAUGAAGGCUGGUUCUGUGUUGCAGUCCAGCGCCGACGAGAGGAGACGGGCUCCCUUGGACCAGCUGCCGCCGCCGGCCAACUCCAACAAGCCUCUAACGCCGUUCAGCAUUGAGGAUAUCCUGAACAAACCUUCCGUAAAGAAGUCGGUCGCCAGUAUCUGUCCGCCCAGAGUCCUGGAGAAAGUUACGGGCACCAACUCUGCGAGGAACGGGAUCACCACCCCCUCCUCGCCUCUGUGCGCGCUGGAAGAGCUGGCCAGCAAAACAUUUAAGGGUCUGGAAGUCAGCGUUAUUCAAGCAGCGGAAGGUCGCGAGCAUGUAAACGCUUUCGGGCAGAGGCAGACGUCGAAAAAGAGGAGAAAGUCCCGGACGGCCUUCACGAACCAUCAGAUUUACGAACUGGAGAAGAGGUUUUUGUACCAGAAAUACCUUUCUCCGGCCGAUCGCGACCAGAUCGCGCAGCAGCUGGGGCUCUCCAACGCGCAGGUCAUCACCUGGUUUCAGAACCGCAGGGCCAAACUCAAGCGAGACCUGGAGGAGAUGAAAGCGGACGUGGAGUCUCUAAAGAAAAUCACCCCGCAGACCCUGCAGAAGCUCGUCAGCAUGGAGAACAUUGAGGAGUCCCAAGGCGAAGGGGGUGGCCCCGAGGCCAGGUCGCCCAGUAUCUCCCCGACCUCCCAAGGACACCGGGCCUUCCCACAGUCCCCCUCCUCGUCCAGAGACCAAACCACGGAUGAAUUCUCGGAGGAUGACGAGGAAAUUGAGGUGGACGAUUGACAGUCAAGGGGGGGCCUGUGGUUUUCAUGAGCAACAGCAACAUAAAAAGAAUAUUAAAAGGGGGCAUUUUUCUUCCCAAACUUUUGCACGGAUAAUGACAGAAAAGGAGAAUGACACACAUUAAAGAAAACAUUUCAGGAUAGUAUUUUUUUUUCUCCUCCUCCUUUUUUUUUUUUUUUUUACCUCCAUUUUAAUUUAUUAAUCGGACUUAUAAGACCUUCCUGUCUGUUUAAGUUUCACCACAAUUUCUGAGGAAUACGAACUCUCCUUCCAGACAGAUCUAACUGUUGUGGUACAGUAAGACUGAACAAAAUUGUGUAGACAUUUCAAAAUUUCACGUUCGUAUUUAAGGAGGGAUGGAGUGUUGUGCAAUUAUUAUUAUUAUUAUUUUUUUGUCUGUCAUUUAUUCGCAUUUCUCUGUUAGAGGAAUCGGAUCUGCCAAAUAUUUAAAUGAAAACCUUCACCUUUUGAUUUCUUUCACAUGCGCAGCCCGGGGUUGACGUGUCAGUCCAUCCCUCCUUAAAAUUCUUACCUUUUUAUUCUGUUCUGAGCGAAAAGUGUUUCUGCAAGCACGCAGGCCCUGAUCGCAGCGCAAAGGAGGCAUCACUGUCAGCAUCGACUGCAAACGUUUCCCCGCUCUGAGUUCUGUAUAUAUAUACCAAACAUCCUAUGCGAUAAUUUUAUUGUAACAUUCUAUUUAAUCAGCAUCUAUGUAAAUAAAGGUUAUAUGAUAUUUCAAGAAGCUCUCGGCGA